GGGCUGGACGGUGUAAAGAUGGUGAUCUUCAGUGUGUAUGUGGUGAACAAGGCUGGAGGUUUAAUCUACCAAUAUGACAACUAUGUUCCGAGAGCAGAGGCCGAGAAGACAUUCAGCUAUCCCUUAGAUUUAGUGCUCAAACAUCACGAUGAAAAGGUGGUUGUAUCUUUUGGACAGCGGGACGGAAUCAGAGUGGGCCAUGCGGUGCUGUCCAUCAAUGGAGCUGAUGUGCUUGGCAAGAACACAGCAGACGGAAAGGACAUCCUCGAAUAUUUAAAGGAUCCAUCAAAUUAUCCAGUGUCUAUUCGCUUUGGACGGGCACGCCUGAGCUCCAAUGAGAAACUGAUGCUGGCAUCCAUGUUCCACUCGUUGUUUGCUAUAGGUUCACAGCUGUCUCCUGAAGUUGGCAGUUCAGGGAUUGAGAUGCUUGAAACGGACGUCUUCAAACUCCACUGCUUCCAGACUCUCACAGGGAUAAAGUUCAUCGUGCUGGCGGACCCUCGACAGUCUGGUAUUGAUGCAUUAUUGAGGAAGAUUUAUGAGAUCUAUUCAGAUUUUGCCCUCAAGAACCCAUUCUAUUCUCUGGAAAUGCCAAUCAGGUGUGAACUCUUUGAUCAGAAUCUGAAAAGUGCACUGGAAAUUGCAGAGAAAGCUGGUAACUUUGGAGCUGGAUCUUGAGCCACAGAAGACGAGAUAAAAUACGACGUGUUUUCUAACCAGAACGACUGUUAAGGUGGUUAUAGUUCAACUGUAAAGGACAAAAAACAAGUGGAUUUCUGUUUCUUUUCCAUGUUGGUAUCGGACCGGCAGUUAACACAUUGUAAAUAUGUUUUGUUUUGUAAAUACUCAAAAAAUAAAUAACACACUGUCUCUUAAA